AGGAAGGGAAAGAACCCUAAGCUCUGAAUAGGGAACCUGAGUUCUAGAAUCAGUUCUGUCUCCCUGGCUGAGGUGAAUAAUCAUGAUAAAGUUACUUAGCUUCCUUGGACAUUUGGAUACCUAAAACUAAAGAAUUAAUCAAGAAAAUAAUUAUUUACAUCAUACUUUAGAAAUGUAUGAAUAUAGGAACCAGUUAAAGUUUGCAUGAUUAUUUUAUACCUUUCAAGUGCUUGUUCACAGUCUCAAUUCUAGAUUCUGGAUACUUUCUGGAAAAUAGCUGAUUUAACCCAGUCUAUCGAUAUAUUUAUUGGUUGUACUUCUACUCAUUUCUCUUAGUUAAUUAUGUAUGUUGAGUGGGUAAAAAAGCAGUGCUUUCUUCAUUUAUUUUAACACAUUCUUUUCAGAAGUUGGAAGAAUUAUUUUCUUUUUAUGAGUUAUGGAAUUUGGGGACCAUUAUUUGGAGCUUGCUGAGACAGUGAACUAAGCAAGAUUUCUUAAGGCUCCUUCCAGCUUUAUUGUAUCUGUAGAGUUGAUUUUUUUCCAGAAUAUGUUUGUUUAUUAUAUUUCAGAUGCUGAGAUGAAUCGUCACCUCUGUGUUCGGCUUUUUAGACAUCUGUCCCUUUAUGGUCACUGCCAAUACCAUAUCCACCCCCUUUUUCAUCAGUUUACAUGGGUACAUCUUGAUACACAGCUGUGGGGUUUUAGACAAAACUGGAAUCACAUUCUCCACCUGUUAAAUAAGAAUUGCUCCAGGAGAUAUUGUCAUCAAGACACCAGGAUGCUCUGGAAGCAUAAAGCACUACAGAAAUAUAUGGAGGACCUGAAUAAAGAGUACCAAGCACUUAACCAGUGUUUGCAGCAUAUCUCUGUGAAUCAAGGGGACCAAAGGUCCUUGAAUCAAAGACAUAAUGAGUUGGCACCACUUGCAACCAUUUACCAAGAGAUUCAGAAGGCUGAACAAGCAAUUGAAGAAUUAGAAUCAAUGUGUAAAAGUUUAAAUAAACAAGAUGAAAAGCAGUUACAAGAACUUGCAUUGGAAGAGAGGGAAACCAUUGCUCAAAAAAUCAACGUGUUAUACAGUGAGCUUGUCCAGAAUCUAGUGCCAAAGGAGAAAUAUGACAAAAAUGAUGUUAUUUUAGAGGUGACAUCUGGAAGAACUACUGGAGGUGAUAUUUGUCAACAAUUUACCCGUGAAAUAUUUGACAUGUACCAGAAUUAUUCAGGGUAUAAACACUGGACAUUUGAACUUCUGAAUUAUACACCUGCUGAUUAUGGUGGGCUACAUCAUGCAGCUGCCCGAAUUUCUGGUGACAAUGUCUAUAAGCAUUUGAAGUAUGAAGGUGGAAUUCACCGAGUUCAGCGAAUUCCUGAGGUGGGCCUGUCGUCAAGGAUGCAGCGUAUUCACACAGGAACAAUGUCAGUUAUUGUCCUCCCUCAACCGGAUGAGGUAGAUGUGAAAGUGGACCCUAAGGAUUUGCGAAUAGAUACAUUUCGGGCCAAAGGAGCAGGAGGCCAGCAUGUUAAUACAACUGAUAGUGCUGUCAGACUUGUCCAUAUCCCCACAGGGCUUGUAGUAGAAUGCCAACAAGAACGAUCACAGAUAAAAAAUAAAGAAAUAGCUCUGCGUGUGUUGAGAGCUAGACUCUACCAGCAGAUUAUUGAAAAAGACAAGUGUCAACAACAAAGUGCUAGAAAACUGCAGGUGGGAACAAGAGCCCAGUCAGAGAGAAUUCGGACAUAUAAUUUCACCCAGGAUAGAGUCACUGACCACAGGAUAGCAUAUGAAGUUCGUGAUAUUAAGUUCUUGAUGGAAGUGCUCUGUUCUCAUGUGAGCAUGCUCCUGACCCAGGGCAAUGCUUGAUUUGUUUGGGAGGAUUUCCAAACAAGCCCCAGCCAAUAAGUUCUUUCCUUGGAUUUUUAAACUGAAAACAGAGGAUCAUCCUCUCCCUUGAUGGCUAAAGGUGAAAUACAUAAAAGUUUACAAGAGGUUAGAAGCUACCUUUCCAGCCAUGGGAAGAAAGCAGUCUGCAGCAAGAGAAGAAUGAAGCUGAUAUAUUGAAAGGAGCAAAAAUGAAAACUGAAUGAAAAGUAUCCUAGUGAUAUCAAUCCUCAUAUUCAUUUAUUCCCAAGACCCAGCUUCAUUGCCAAGGUGAUGGCAACAGCCCUGUACAUUCUUAUCCUCAGGGUCUAUAAGGUCACCCUGUAUUCUUAUGAAUUCUCUUGUGGGUAUUAUUAUUUUUAUUUAUCUAGAUAAUAAGCACAGACUACCAUGUAAUAUAUAGUUUUGUAUUUUUAUUGUUUUCUCAAAGUCCUUGUGUAGAUUUCUUAGCAUCAGCUUAUCUCCUGCCCUUUAUUCUAUUUACAUUGGAAAUUUCCCCUUGCCCUGGGCUUUAAAUGUACAGUUGACCUUUCCCAAUGCAGGGGUUGGAAGGCUGACUCCUCCCACCCUGUGGAGUUGAAAAUCCAUGUUUAAGUUUUGAUUGACUCCCCCAAAACUUUACUAACAGCCUACUGUUGACCAGAAGCCUUACCGAUAACAUAAUAAUACAUCAAUUAAGUAACAUAUAAUUAAGUAGAUUAACACAUAAUAUAUCACAUAUAUUGUAUACCAUGUUCUUAUAAUAAUGUAAGCUAGAGAAAAGUGCUAUUAAGAAAAUCAUAGGUUCAUCUGUGAUGUUCUUUUUUCAAAUUGUAGCAAAUAUAAAAAAAAUUGCCAAUAUAUGUAUCAAAAAAAAAAUCUGUGUAUUAUGGACCCAUGCAGUCUAAACACAUGUAGUUAAACACUCAACUGUACUUUGUUUCCAGUUUGAAAAACUGGAAAAAGAAUGAGUAUGUACUUUCUUCAUACUUGUUCUUCUUAUCUCUAUUGGAAAAAUACUAGUCACUUUUUAAGAUCUGAUUCAAUUUUUUUCUUUCCUGAACACUUUCCUGAUGUCACCUUCUUUUCAAAAUUGAUGGCUCCCUUAAAACACUUUCUUCUUUACUUUUAAGUUUCUUGCAUUGUAUUAUGAUACUAUGUGUUGCCUAGCUCCCCCACUAAAUUAUGAGCUGUUAAAAAGUAGGACCUAUAACUCCUUCAUUUUUUAUCUUUUGCACUCAAGUUAAUCCAAUUGAACCGUGGAUGUGAUUACUAGUAAGAGAUAAUCCGUUGCAUAAUUUCCAAAUGAUGAUGUCACCUUGGCAAUACUAUGAGCUUCAGGAACAUUAAUUUUAUAGGAAAUUUUCAUAUAUGCUCAAAAUGAUAUAAAUCUUAUUU